AGAAGACUGUUAUUAUGAUGGUUAUUUUACUAAUAGGCUGUCGCUCAGGAUGCCUUUCUCCGUGCUUUUAUUAUGAGAUUAUCAUUAAUGUUUCCAAUGUGUUUUUAAUGUUCUGCACUGCCAUGAGAUCUUCCAACGACUGAAUUGACAAUCCCGUGCAAGGCAGUAGCUGAACUUGAUGGUGUCGUACUGGAAGCUAGGAAAGUGCGGAAGCAGAAGACAUAAGUCCCAGCAGAGAAAUGGAGGCGACCCUGCAGAAUGUAGAUAUGCAUGCACUGGGCUUGCAGUUACGGAACCACGGGAAGCGCGCGAAAUCCUGCAGGGAGCUGGCCUUGCGCGCGCCCCACUCUCGCCUCCCAUCCCGCCACGAUCCUCCCGCGGGGACGUCGAGGGAUGUGUGGGGUGUGCCCCCUCAGCCCGAGGUGGGGCUCGGCCGGGUCGGGUCGGUGGCAACACUUCGUUCUCCCGCUGCUGCUUGCCGAUCCCGGAGCCACGUGGUGGGGCCUAGGGACGCUGCUUGGGAGGCUUGAGAGGCUGAGCCUACGAGGGGGACGGACCUGCCGGUUGUGCACGUCCAGGAUCUGCUGUUUUCUCUGCAAUCCCCUCCGCGCCCCUCGGAGAAGCUUCCCACCAGGGCUGGCGAGGCGAGGAGCACAGCAGCUCUCUUCCGACGGGGGGGGUAAUAAAGCGGGGUUCCCCGCGCUACCGCCCCUCCCGCCCCUUUGGCGAGCCGAGGCUUCAGCCCUUCCUGUUUACGGUUGCUGUAGCUACGACGGCAGCCCUCGACGCCUUGCUGUCGCUCCUCGAAGGAUUAGGUCUUUUCCCUUCAAGCCCCGGGAGGCUUCCUAUGCAGACACAGCAGCGACUGAGACGGUCAGAGUGGAGAAGACGCGUCUGGAUGAGCGCCAGAGGGGGACUCUUUCCUCUGUCACAAACCUAGCCCACCUUCCCGCAGAGUUGCUCAAGGUGGUGUUCUUGCUUCUUCAUUAUAUCCUCACAACCACCCUGUGAGGUUUUAUUGAAAAAAAGAACUUUACCCUUCAGUGCAAAAAACCCCUAUUCUGUUAAAUCAAAAUGAAGGACAUUAGGAUUAGUUUCCACAAACUUUACUCAUUUUCAGCUACAUUCACAGUUCCAUAAGAAGAGUUUCAAAAGGUGGAAAAUGGAAUCAGAUAUUUUCAAGAGGAAAGACUGUUUAUCUCAGCAGGUUGUAAAAGAUUUGCCAGCCCAAGCAUCAUGUCAUAGCACAACUGAUGAAACAACGGGAUCUUCCUUAAGUCUGGGUUGGGUAAGCAGCACAAACAACCCCUUUCCUGCACAGUUUACAUCCUUGAAUACGUCCAGCACACUGGAAAGAGACGUUGGCCUACCUGGUGACCUAGGCCACCUUCAAAUCUUUCAGGAUGCCAAGCCAUUCAGUUACACAGCCAGCUCUAUUCUUUUUCCUCACUUAUUACCACCAACUCAGGCAGGAACAGUCCCUGCUGGUAAAAACAGUGAAACCCUGGGAAUCCCAAAUGCUGCCAUCGCUGCUACUUCUCCUCCUCCUCUGAUAACUCAAGAUGCUAUAUGCUGUCAAAACGGGAAACAGAGUCCAGGGCAGCAGGAACAGCUCAUAAUGCACCAGAUGGAGCACCUUCAACAGCUAGUAGUUGAACAGCAGAAAAUAAUUUCGUUCUUUAAUUCAGGCUUUUCAGCUUCUGCUGGUAUUCCACCUCACCUUCUUGCUAUGAUCCCAUCCCUUCCAGGAGUCCCAGCUGCUUUAUUCCCUGUCCAAUUCCCUUUGGAGAAUUCUUUGCAAGCUCAGAAUAAUGGAAGCUCACAAACCAGUCCCUUAAUAAUAAAGCCUACUUUGCAGCAACUUGCCACAGAAACCUCAGCAAACAGCAACUUCUUAGAAGUUUCAAGGGAGCACCCUGAACCUCACGAAAAAGAAGCAAGUCUGCCAGGUGGAGAACCUUGGCUUGAAACUUCGCCACCUGUUACAGAACAAAGAGGGGAGCAACAAUUAGAGGAAAAUGCUUCUCUUUCCCCCUUUGGAUUAAGAAUGAACACGAAGACACGGAAUGUAGAUGACAGACCAAUCAGACCUGGAAUUGGAGUGAGGCGGAAGACAUUUGAGGAAUUUGUUGAGGAGCAACUUAAAGUCGAUUCUCAACAAGCAGAGAAGCAGCAACAGAACUCCCAUGAGACUAAAGCCACUGCUCAGAAGUCAUUUCUGAAACGUGGGGAAGGGACCGCAAGGCUUGAAAAAAAGAGAAACAGUGUUGGCAAGGAACCAGCCAGACUUCCUAGACACGUUAGCUUUGAUUGUCAAAAUAAUUUCUCAUGGCCUUCACAAUGGGAUGCAGAAGAACUAUUGGGGAAACACCCACAACUGAAAAGGCAGGUCACUAGCCCCACCGCGCUGAUCAUGGAUGAUGAAAACACACAUUGUAUCACCUUCAAGGGUGAUGUAAAAGGCCAGCUUCAUAAUUGCGAGCGGAGGUCAGAUGAAAUAAAAGACAGCAGUGAAUCUGGUGGUUGUGAUAGCAAAGGGAUGGUAAAUGGAGAAGUAUCUGGCGUACCACCUCAGUUUGACAGAUCCAAAUGUUCACAGGAAUGUCAUGAACAAAUAAUUGACAUUAAAGCAAAGGUGACUGAAAAAAAUGAAACCUCAAGUCUUGGGUCUCAAGAUCAUUUGGUUAGGGUUGACAAGAGAUCCCUGGAUUUUAAGGUUCCAAUGUGGCUUAUGGAGAACAUAGAAGACAGUGUAUCACAGGUUGUAGGAAGGUCCAUGGAUGCUUCACCAGAUGUCCCUGAGCUUCAUAACUUAGAAAGCAACCAAGACAAUCAAGAGGAGCAGAGCUCUGGACUUCAGGUUGCUCAAAGCGUGACUCAGAUUAGACAAUGUGAAAAUGAGCAUUGUGUUGCUGAGGGGAAAAGCCCAGAGGGCCAAGUGGAAGUCAACCCUGGAUUUAAGAAAGUCAAUGAUCGAAUAAUAAAAGUUACACCUAAAUCAGAUAGAAAAUGUGUCACCAGAAUGGCUAAUUUCCAAAAGAACAGCAAUGCAGGUGCUGCUAAUGCUUGGGGAGGAAAAGCCCUCUCUAGUGAUUCACUCUGCACAUCUACUGAUAGUGAAGAUGAACCUAAAUCUCAUUGCUCUCAGUUCACAGUAAAGCCUAGUAACCAUAGACCAGCUAACAUUGGCAAGAACAUGGAUCUUUCCGAUGCUGACUAUGCCACUGACGAACCCAGUGGAGCUGAUGAUUACUCAUUGAAAAACCAUGGAAAAUUGCCUGCCAGUAAGUUUGGUGUCCAGGAACCAGCAGGUCAACAGGAGGCCACUCUUAUCACAAGUAGCAGCAGCAGCAGCAAUGAAUCUAGUGUUGAUGAUGGCAGCCUGAAAUUUGGAAAGACUCUCUCCCUCCUUAGAAGACCUUCCUGCCACCCCUCAAAAACUAGAAGAGGAGGAAGGAAGUCUAAAACACAGAGCAACGGUGUUGCCAGCAAUUACAGUGCAGAGUACAAUUUGCAACCUCCUUCCUUGACAAGUGAACUUGUGGCCAACCUUUUCCCUGCUUUCAAAAGCAAAGCAAAUGUAGAUGAUAAAAGAGCUAUCCCAGAGCAAGUUCAGAAAAGGCACACUGAUAAGUUAGAAUGUGAACCGGAAGUUCAGGUGCGUCAGAGAGAAACUUCUCUCCUAGCUCAGAUGAAAGAAGAACAAGCAAAAGCCAUGGACUUUCUGAGAAGACAAAUAAACCAAUUUGAGGCCAAGAGGUUGCAGAAGUUGCAUUCCCUGGAACAGUGCAAGACUGAGGAAGCCCUGAAAUUGCAGAAAGAAAAGGCAGAAUUUGAGAAGCAUACGACAGUAGGUAAAGGAGAAUCAGGGGAAAUACAAAUGUUAAAGCAGCAAAUAGCAGGGCUGCAGGAGGAGUUCAGAAGGAAUGAGACCCGCUGGCACGCUGCCCAUGGCGAGCUGAGAAGCCAGGUCGAAGCACUGACCAAACAGAACCUGGAGCUUCAAGACGAGCUCAGGGUCUCUGAGCAUCAGAAGAUGGAAAGCGAAAGGAAACAUGGAGCCGUGGAUUCGAUUGGCAGAAAAAGAGAAACGCCGGUCUCAGCAGCUAUUUUGAGAGGGACACCACCUGAAGAAACCCUGGUAGAGAAACUGUCGCAAAAUAGCCACAAGAGCCCUGACAAUAAGCUUAUGGGAAGGAAAAUAGUACCACCAGAUGAACUGGCCCCUAGAGAUUCACAGGCAACAAGGAGGGCUCUGCAAAGGUCUGAGUCACUGAAAUCUGCAGCAGGAGAACAAAGAGUGAAGAGCCCAUGUAAAGCAGUUCAUAACAGAAGUGUGACACCCAUAAGCCAGAGGACCCCUCAUCAAACACAGUUUGGACUACAGAAAGCUUUGCCUCAGUUGGCUCACAGUCAGCUGCACAGUUAUGGAAGGAAGACACCCGUGUCUGAAUCAGAACCAAGCGUACUUACGAGCCCAGCUCUGCAUGUGAAAGGCACGUUCUCUUCCACUUCUGGGAGUUCAGACGACACAGCAUUUUUAAAUAGUCAAAGCAACGACAGUUUAAGCACCACAUCCUUGAGUAAUGUGGAAAUACAGGUGAAAGAGAAUCCUAGCCAUAAAAGGGUUCAGAGAUCCAAUAAAUCUUCUGAGCAAGUGGUUUCUAUGUCCACCUCCAGGAAAAACAGCAUUGCCUCAAAUGGCAGGAAUACACCUGUGGAAAAUCUUCCUAUUUUUGUGGAAACUAAAAAUAAGGCUUCUCCUCUCAAAUCAAUACUGUCCAGAAGAGCAUCACUAUAUACUGAAAUAAAGGAGGAUGGGGAAGUGAAAGAAAUAAUAGAGUACCCCGAUGGAAAGGUGAAACAACUGUUUACUGAUGGGCGCAGGAUUACUAAAUAUCCAAACGGGACAAAAAUGGAGAUUAGCACAGAUAAAAGAACAACUGUUGUUACUUUUUACAAUGGAGAUAUUAAGAAGAUCUUGCCAGAUCAGAGAGUGAUUUAUUAUUAUGCAGAGACACAAACAACCAGAACCGUUUUCCCAAAUGGAUUGGAAGUGCUGCAGUUUCCUAAUAAUCAGAUUGAAAAGUACCACCCCGACGGUACUGAAGAAAUCGUGUUUCCAGACCAGACUGUGAAACGCCGCUAUGAUGGAGGUAUGGUGGAAGAAACUGUUUUCCCAGACGGUACAGUUGUGAAAGUGGAAAAAAGUGGAGUUAAAACCAUCCAGUUCCAUAACGGGCAAAAGGAGAUUCAUAUGGCACAGUCUACGAGAAGGGAAUACCCUGAUGGGACUGUCAAGACUGUCUAUGCAAAUGGCCAGCAGGAAACCAAGUAUUCUUCAGGACGGGUUCGAAUCAAAGAUGGGAAGGAGAUCGUCAUCCUGGAUAAGGAGUAACUUGUGCUCUCUGGAUGGUGGUCUUAGCAUUUCAUUAUGUUCUCUUAUGUCGUGUUUCAUGAUGCUAUGUUAUAGUUUAUUUUUUAUCUCAUCUUUUGGCCAGAAAGGUCUCUGAAGUGUCUCACAAAAAUACAAAUACAGUUGUACCUUGGUUCUCGAAUGCCUUGGUACUCGAAUGUUUUGGGUCCCGGACGCCACAAACCCGGAAGUUAGUGUUCCAGUUUGUGAACUUUUUUGGAAGCCGAACAUCCGACAUGGCUUCCAAUUAAGUGCAGGAAGCUCCAAUGAAGUGCAGGCUUCCAAUUAAGUGCAGGAAGUUAAAAUGGGUGCCUCAGUUUUGAGAAACUACAGUGCUAAAUUUCCAUUGCCUCAGGUUUGAUGGAAAAGGAAGGGAGAACUGGGUAUCAUUGGCAUAUUGAUUGGACUGCACUCAGACGCUACAGAUGAUCCCACAGUUUCAUGGAGAUGCACGGGGAUGGGAUAAGAUGGAACCCUGUGAGAUGCCGUGUGUCAAAGGCCAAUGAGUGUAAUGUUUAAUUCCCCAGCAAUAUCUUCUGGGGUCUACCAUUUAGGGAGGACCAACGCCAGUACAAAACUCUGCCACUCGGCCCUAAUGCGGUAGGGUGGUUCAGAAUGAUAUCAUAAGCUGCUGAACUAAUGAACUUGUAUUGUACUUUUGUGUGUGUGCUUAAUUUGGUGUGCAUUGCUGUAAUAUUUUAUUAUGAUCUGGCAGUUUGUAUAAAUAAACAAACAAAAUCAAUCUACCAAGGCCACCAAAAAACAGUUUCUGUCCCAGAUGUAAGCCAUAAUCCUAACUGAAAUGAGUCUAUACAAUUUGUCUCAUCCAGAACCACCUGGAGUUGAAGUCACCACCUUGCCCCCCCCCAAAAAAGGGACACUAACUAUUGGUUGUUCAGGUCAGAGGGAUCCAUAGCGGUGGUGGGUUUUCAACAGUAGUCUCAUACAGCCUCCUAGGGGAAGCCCUGACUGUUAAAGUGGUGUAGCCAUUGCUCUAUGGUGCAGAUGGGUCCUCAUAGUGGCAUCCUUCCUCCAACUUUUGUGGGAAUCUUAUAGAUUGUGGCAUAACGUGUGCCAACAUAGCUGCAGCACAUGCACCCUCUGGUGUGAAUGACAUACAGGAUUGCUCGUCCCGCUCAUCUACUGGUUAAAUAAGCUUUUAUUUGAUUUCUGGUGUUCUGGCUGCAAUUCUUUGCUCAUUAAUUUGUGUAUUUCUUUUAUUACACUUUUGACAUGGAUCCCUU